AUGAAAGCCACCAAACAAGCCCUUACAAGGAGAAAUGCAACAAAUAGUCUAUACCAAUAUUUAGGAGCAUGUAUUUAUACUUCAAUUAAAUCAUUCCAUUGGCAAUUUCUUAUUACAAAAUCUAAACGUUCAUCCCAAAGAAUGUUAGCAUACUUCCCAAUAAAAAAAAUUCUUGACGAAAAUGGAAGAACAAUAUUUGACGAAGGAAUAAAUUAUUUAGUUACUAACGGUAAAUUAGAUUUUGAUAAGAAUGGAAUGAUGAUUGAAGACCUAAAAGAAAAUAAAUUUGAUAACAUUAAAACAAGUGCAAAAAUGAGAAAUAAUCAACUAAUCUUAAUGCAUCUCUUUAAUGAAAUGUUUAAAAGAAAAAAUUUGGUUGAUCCUAAAGUUAGGGUAGAAUGCACUAAAUCUGCUAUUGGAACUGAAAAAUUAACAAGUAAAAGACUUUCUUCUCUUCCAUUUUUUGACUCCACAUUAAAUAAGUUUGUUUCUGAAAAAAGAGAAACUGUUGAACAAAAUGUUGGAAUGAAAGUACAUAAAUUACUUUCUAAUCUUUUUAAAAAUGGUAAUAAAAUUACUACAAUCUUUAUUGGUAAUAAAGAUUGUACAAAAGAAUCUAACUUUGAAGAUGCUCAUUUUAUUUCAUUCCAUGAAUUUGAUGAAAAGUUUCAAGGUACAGCUCUUGAUCCUCAACAACAACAAAUUUAUCAACCUGAAACUAUCCAAGAAAGUAGUUCUGAAAUAGAAUAUGAUUAUGACUUAAAGAUAGGAGAAGUUGCUUACUCAGAAUUUGAUUUCUAUGCCAACACAAUAAAGCAAUAG